UCAAUGUUUAGAAGACUUUCGAGUCUCUUGGUGUAAAGAAGGUAUUGAAAUUUAAUCAGAUAUGAAACAAAAGACACUGGAGAUAUAAAUUUAACAAGAAAAGAUUUUAGUUUAUUGCUUUUGUUAUUAUAUUGUUGAUUUGUAAUUUAUAACAAUUUUAUUCACGAUGUGAUUAAAUCAUUAUUGACCAUUGCUAAGUUUUAGAACGCAAUACGACAAAAAUAUAUUCUCUUUUUUUUAACUUAAACAAUGUGGGAAACGACGGAGGAGGAAAUUCGGGAGAUGAUGGCAGUGUGGCCGGAAAUUGUUCGUGAAAUCAUGGAACAUGUCAAAAACAUUCCUAACAUUGGUAAAUGGUUGGAAAAAGUAUUACAAUAUAAUGUCUCAGGAACAAAGAAACUUCAUAGCUUAACAUUAAUUUAUGCCUACAAGUUGAUAGCGUCUAAUGAACAACAGACACAAGAUAACAUUUACCUUGUGCGGAUUUUAGCAUGGUGUCUGGAAAUGGCGAUGGCUUACCUAGUCAUGAUCGAUGACAUUAUGGAUCGGUCGUUAUUUCGCCGAGGUCAACCAUGCUGGUAUCGACACGAUGAUAUAGGUUUAAUGGCAAUCAAUGAUGGCUUAUUAGUAGAAAGCACUGUGUAUUAUUUAAUUCGGAAAUACUUCAAAGGGAAAGAAUGUUAUGAUAAUUUAGUAGAAACAUUUCAACAGGUUAUAUUUAAGAUACUAAUAGGCCAGUUUUUGGAUAUGUCCUCAACUUUCAAGAAAUCUAAUUUGGAUCAGUUUACGAUGAAUCAAUAUAAUUCCAUUGCUAAGUGGAAAGGGUAUGGAACACUUUUUGUGCCAACGGUUCUAGCAAUGCAUUUUGCUGGAACAAAAGAUUCAGAGAUAUUCAAGCAAUCAGAAACUAUCUUGUCAGAGUUGAUAAUACCUUUGUAUCAAAUCCAAGACGAUUAUUUAGGUUGUUUUGGGGAUUUUGAAGUUUUGGGCAAAGAUGGUACUGAUAUAGAAGAAGGUAAAUGUACGUGGCUAAUUGUUAAAGCUCUUGAACGUGUCACUCCGGAACAGCGUAAAAUUUUAGAAGAAUGUUACGGAGUUUCGGAUCCGGAGAAAGUAAAACGCGUAAAACAGCUCUACAUUGAUUUGGAUUUGCAGAACGUUUUUUUUAAAUACGAAGAAGAAAUGUAUAAUAUUAUAAAAGCACAAAUAGAGCAAAUAUCAUGCAAAAAUCAACAACGCUUUCUCAUGGGUUUGUUAGGGAAGUUUUAUGGCAGACGGGUCUGUGAUUUCUGAAACAUAUGUGGCUUAAAUACUACGAUUUUAAGCAAGUAUUUGUUUUAAACAUGUUAAACCAUAUUUAAAACAGAUUUUUCACUUUACAAAAACAAUAUGUAUUAUCUUCGGCGAAUUGUGCACAUUUAUAGAUUUUGCACUUGUAAAAAUAAAUAAAUAAAUAAAUCAAUAUUGUUAUUUUAAA